AUGUAAAAUAACUCACCAAUUAAAGGUCGACGUAUAUCAAACCAGAUAAAGUUGACAGGGAAGGUUCUAAAAAAGAAAACAGGAUCAGAGAUAGAGAUCGUAGGUCCUUCUGGAAGAGAUAUGGAUACGAGUGUGGUUGCGAAAAUUUAAAUAAAUUAGUACGAGAAUCUGAAAUGUCAUAUGCAACAGUGUCAAAGUGAAGUUAAAGUAGGAAAGAGUACAGAGAAGAUAAAAAAAAAAAAGUCGCUAGAUCGUACUGCUGCAAUUAAGAAAAGUCAGCAAUUGUAUAAGAAAAAGAAGAAAUCGACAAAAAUAAAAAAGAGUGUUAGUGCAGAGAGAGUAAAGAGCCAAACAAUAGAGUUUUCAUCUCCAGAAUGUGUACGUCGUAAAAAAGCAGCUACAUUUUUUAAUGAAAAACCAAAUGGUUUACAAGAUCAUCGUGAACGUCUUGGACUUACUUUUUUAAAUAAAAUAGGGACAAAGAGAAUUGAUUAAAUAUUAGAGCGUAUUAAAGUGAUUCUAUAGGGUUAGGUAAUAGAAUGUCAUCAAUAGAACAUUCAAAUCAUCCACCACUUACACCUGAGAAACAUCGUUAUCCUCAUGAAAUAAAACAUUAUAUGAAAGAGAAAAAGAAGUUUUAUUCAUAAUUAGAAUCAAUAAAAUAAUAAUCAAUGUUAGAGAAAAGAAAACAUAUAGAUGAGAAUCUACGUUCAUUAGCUGAAAUUGCCAAAAGAAAUUCUCUUUCUAAUAGUAGAUCUCCUCCUAGGGAUAGUACAAAUAAAAUUAGUGCAAAACCACUUAUGUUAAGUUAUGUAGCUAAUCGUAAAAGUACGUCACGUAAAUCAGGAGUAACAAAAUCUUUGAAGGAGCAAUUUAAAUAAUUAGAAGCUAGAUAUAAAACAAUAAAGAGUAAUAGUGAUGUUAUAUCAUUGAGAGAAUCCAGAAAUUAUGAACAUGAAAUGAAAGAGUAAGCAGCCAAAUGUAUUUAGAGAUGGUAUAAAGGAUGUAAAGCAAGAAGACUUUGGUAGAAAAAAAAAUAAAAAAAAUUAUUUAAAAAAUAAUAAUUAUAAUAGUUAAAAGAUACAGAAAUUAUAAGAUGGGAUAAUCUCAAGAAAUUCCUAUAAAAUUUAUAAGUUAAAUAAGAUAUCAUUGUAAUCGCAGAUUUAAUUGAAAGUUUAAUUAAAUAUGCAGAUUUCAAUAAAGAAAAUGUAUUAUAAAAUAAUAUAGAAUAACCAUAAAUUAAAUUAAAACCUUAAAAAUUGAUUAUUGAAAAAAAAGAAGUAUUUCCUCCAUAAAUUGGUUAAAUUUUAUAACUUCGAGGUGAAUUAAUAAAAGAAAGAGAAAGAAAAGAAAAACAGAUAUUAAAAGAUCUUUUAGUAUAGGAAAGAAUAUCACCUCGUUCUUUUGGAUUGAAAGAAUAAGAAAUAGUUAAAUGGGGUGAAAAAGAAUUAGAAGCAUUAUAAAAUAGUAAAUAAGCUAUUAAAGAUGGAUGGUUUAAAGCUUAUGAAACAAUUUAAAAGACACAAAAAGAUUUACGUUUUGUUUAAAAAUUAGGUGAUGAAAAUUUUAGUAAAAUGAUGCCAUUAAGUGUUAGUUAAAGUAAUUUAUUAAAAAAUUAACUUAAUGAUUUGAAAAUAAAUGUAAAAAUAAUGAAUAAUUAAUAGUUAUUGAGAGCUAGUUAUUCUGAAGAGAAUCUUUUAGAUUAAAAAAAGAAACCAUUACAAAAUUCAGAAUAGUUAGUAGAUGUCUAAGAAUAACAAUUAGUAUCAUAUAACUCGAAUCAAUCAAAUAAGACAUUAUCAUCAUAUAUAUAAGGUUUAGAAGUAAUUUAUUACCUAAGUAAGGGAUGUUCCAUUAGAUAUGGAGGAGUAGGGAUAAAUGGAGAAUCAGUUUUAUGUGUAAACACAUGUUGGCUAUGUUAAAUAAUAUUUAGAGGAUAUCAAAAUUAUAGUUAAAAAUCAAUACUAGAAUUAAUUUUUAUAAAUUAUUAAUUUAAGUAUUGGUCCAUCCCCCUUUGAAAUUUUGAGAUUUUUUAGGUUGACUGAAGAAAUGUUAGAAUAAUCAUUAGAUGGUGGAUUUAUACAUUAAGCAGUUUUGAGUUUAGAUAUAUUUUCAUUCAAAGAAAAAGUUGGGACUGAAGAACUCUGUGUUAAUGAAAUGGAAAGAAUUCACAACAAAGCAAUUUUUGAUGCUUUUAAUGAAGCACUUGAUUAUCAUCGUCCUUUUGGUAUUAAAGGUAGACCAUUACCUUGGAGAAAGAAUGUUAUUUAUAGACAAGUGAAUUCUGUUGAAGAAACACUUAAUAGAUCUGCAAAUAGAGUUGUAUAAUGGGCUGAAACUUUAAGUGGCAUACUAUUACCAUAGGGUACUUAAGUAGAUAAUGAUAUUUUACCAUAAGUUAGAGAAGAAAGAUUAGAUAAGAUGUUAAAGUAGGAAGUAAAUUAGAUAUUCAAUAUUCAUAGAUAUCCGAAACAGAUGAUAGAUGGUAGGAAUUUGAUGAGGAACACACUGAAGUAGCAUUGGAGUUGAGUGAAUUAAUUUUCAAUCAUCUCAUUACUGAAGUUAUCACUGAAUUAAGAAUUUGA